AGACGACGCCACUUUAGAAGGAGAAAUCAGACGCCACCGGACGACCAAAUGCACGAAGGAGAAUAAUCGGAAUGGGAAACAAAAUUGCGCGCACGACGCAGGUAUCGGCGUCGGAGUACUACCUCCACGAUCUGCCGUCUUCCUACAAUCUGGUGCUGAAGGAGGUGCUUGGACGGGGGCGAUUCUUCAAGUCGAUCCUGUGCAAGCACGAUGAAGGCCUGGUCCUUGUUAAGGUCUACUUCAAACGCGGCGAUUCCAUCGAUCUCCGCGAGUAUGAGCGCCGUCUCGCCCACAUCAAGGAAACCUUGCGCUCCCUAGAGAAUCCUCACGUCUGGCCCUUCCAGUUCUGGCAAGAAACAGAUAAAGCAGCUUAUUUAUUGAGGCAAUACUUCUUUAAUAAUCUGCAUGAUCGGUUGAGCACUCGGCCUUUCCUCAACCUAGUGGAGAAAAAAUGGCUGGCAUUUCAGUUACUUCUUGCAGUAAAGCAAUGCCACGACAAGGGGAUUUGUCAUGGUGAUAUUAAGUGUGAGAAUGUGCUGGUCACUUCAUGGAACUGGCUUUAUCUUGCUGAUUUUGCAUCAUUCAAACCCACCUAUAUUCCUUAUGAUGACCCUUCAGAUUUCUCCUUUUUCUUUGACACUGGAGGGAGGAGGCUUUGUUAUCUUGCCCCUGAGAGAUUUUAUGAGCAUGGAGGUGAAAUGCAAGUUGCACAGGAUGCACCUUUAAAGCCAUCUAUGGACAUCUUUGCUGUAGGGUGUGUAAUUGCAGAGCUAUUUCUUGAAGGUCAGCCGCUGUUUGAACUCUCUCAGCUUCUUGCAUAUCGUAGAGGGCAAUAUGAUCCUAGCCAACAUCUUGAAAAGAUCCCAGAUUCUGGAAUCCGGAAGAUGAUUCUUCAUAUGAUCCAGCUGGAGCCUGAGUCACGCCUUUCUGCUGAAAGCUAUCUGCAGAGCUAUGCAGCUACUGCAUUUCCUAGCUAUUUCUCUCCAUUCCUACACGAUUUCUAUUGUUACUGGAAUCCUCUUCAUUCAGAUAUGAGGAUUGCCAUGUGCCAGAGUGUCUUCCCUGAGGUACUCAAACAGAUGAUGAUGAAUAGCUCAAGUGAUGAAACAGCUAGUGGUCUGGCCAUCCCAAAUGCCACAACUGGUAAACAACCUCAAGAGAUUGUUUCAAAAGAAAACUUAAGCCUGACAAAGGACUUGUUGACAAAGAGAGAAAAUAUAGAGAAAGCUUCAGUUUGUGAUCGGUUCAAACUUCUUGGUGAUAUCAAUAACCUGCUUGGGGAUGUAAAAGAAAGCAACCACCAUCCUGGCGAGAAGUUAAUGGUGGAGGAUACAAUCAAUUCUUCAAUUUCCCAAGAUCUUAAACAGCAUGGCUCUCUGUCUCCUGCUGGUCUCCUCGAAAGUAUCUCUGAUUCAUUAAGGAAAAAUGAUCACCCCUUUCUGAAAAAGAUCACAAUGGAUGAUUUAAGCUCACUGAUGUCUGAGUAUGACAGUCAAUCAGACACCUUUGGCAUGCCAUUCUUGCCAUUACCUGAAGACCACAUGAAAUGUGAAGGAAUGGUUUUGAUUGCCUCUCUGCUUUGUUCCUGCAUACGUAAUGUCAAGCUGCCUCAUUUAAGGAGGGGAGCUGUACUUUUAUUGAAGACUUCUUCUUUAUACAUUGAUGAUGAAGAUCGCUUACAGCGAGUGCUUCCAUAUGUUAUAGCGAUGCUUUCUGAUCCAGCUGCAAUUGUACGCUGUGCUGCCCUAGAGACUUUGUGUGAUAUUCUGCCUUUAGUCCGAGAUUUUCCUCCAAGUGAUGCAAAAAUUUUUCCUGAGUAUAUUCUUCCAAUGCUUUCCAUGCUUCCUGAUGAUCCAGAGGAAAGUGUGAGAAUCUGUUAUGCCAGCAAUAUGGCUAAGCUAGCACUGACAGCUUAUGGAUUCUUGAUUCACUCAAUUAAGCUAACUGAGGCAGGUGUCCUUGAUGAAUUAGGCUCAUCACCAAAGUCAUUGGUGUCAUCUGGUGAGACGUCUGGACUCCUUCAAAGGUUAAAUGGUGAUGCACAACUUGCACAACUUAGGAAGUCCAUAGCUGAGGUGGUUCAGGAGCUUGUAAUGGGUCCAAAACAAACUCCAAAUAUUAGAAGAGCACUGCUACGGGACAUUGGAAACUUAUGUUGCUUCUUUGGCCAGAGACAGAGCAACGAUUUCCUUUUGCCCAUAUUACCUGCCUUUUUAAAUGAUCGAGAUGAGCAGCUGAGGGCAGUAUUCUAUGGGCAAAUAGUGUAUGUCUGCUUCUUUGUGGGCCAAAGGAGCGUGGAGGAAUAUCUCUUACCUUACAUUGAGCAGGCUUUAAGUGAUUCUAUGGAGGCUGUUAUUGUCAAUGCAUUGGAUUGUUUGGCUAUUCUGUGCAAAAGUGGUUUCUUGCGAAAGAGGAUACUGCUUGAAAUGAUUGCGCGUGCUUUUCCACUGUUAGCUUAUCCUAGCCAAUGGGUAAGAAGGUCAGUUGUCAUUUUCAUUGCAGCUAGCAGUGAGAGCCUAGGUGCAGUUGAUUCCUAUGUUUUCCUUGCCCCCAUUAUACGGCCUUUCCUACGUAGACAACCAGCAUCUCUAGCCUCAGAGAAGGCCCUUCUUUCAUGUUUAAAACCACCAGUUGCCAGAAAGGUAUUUUAUGAAAUUUUGGAAAAUGCCAGGAGUUCUGGUAUGCUAGAUAGACAGAGAAAGAUAUGGUACAAUUCAUCAGUGCAAGAUAAACAAUGUGGUAUUGCAGAUGCACUUAAGAGUGGUACUGGAGAUUUAGACCCUAUGAAAUACUGGCCUGACCAGCAAAUGAAUCCUGAGGGUCAAAGACCCACUGGUAAUGCAACACACCAGUCAUUUCUAUCUGAAGAUGAUAAUGACGAGGCUAAGUUGAGAGCUGUUGGAAGUCUUAUGCAGAAUGGUUCUCGCACAGUUGACAUGCGUGAUCCCCUAUACUCUGAAAAUUUACAGUUCUCAGGACUGAUGUCUCCACAGGUGAAUGGCAUGAAUAGUUUCAUAUGCGACAAAUCAUCAGAAGGCAUACCUUUGUACUCUUUUAGCAUGGAUAAGCGGGCAGUGGGAGUGCCUUCUGCGGCUUCUGAUACUCCUUUGCAAGUGAACUCACUGGGAAUUGGUUCAUCUUCAAUGCCUUGGAUGGAUCCAUUAAAUAAAUCUUUUAACUUGGCUAGUUCAGUUCCAUCACCUAAGCUUGUUUCAGGCUCAUUCAGUAUCACUGGUGGUUCUAAACAGUUCUAUAGAGUGGUGCAUGAACCAGAAAGUCGGGAAAAUGAUCAGACAGCCUAUGUUAGUAGUAAAUUUCAAGAUAUGGGAUUAAGUGGCACAAUGAAAGGAAGUUCUAUUUCUUUGGAAGAUGCUUCUGCUUCAGCUGAUCUUACAGGAUUGCCACCUUUUUCACGAGUGUCAUCAAUGCCUGAUUCAGGUUGGAGGCCUCGUGGAGUGUUGGUUGCACACUUGCAAGAGCACCGCUCUGCUGUAAAUGAUAUUGCAAUUUCAAAUGAUCAUAGCUUUUUUGUGAGUGCAUCUGAUGAUUCCACUGUUAAGGUGUGGGAUGCAAGAAAGUUAGAAAAGGAUAUAUCAUUUAGGUCAAGGCUGACUUACCACGUGGAGGGAAGCCGAGCACUCUGCACUUUGAUGCUCCGUAAUUCUGGUCAAGUUGUUGUUGGAGCAUGUGAUGGAACAAUACAUAUGUUCUCUGUAGAUCAUAUUUCUAAAGGUCUGGGAAAUGUUGUUGAAAAGUAUUCUGGUAUUGCUGAUAUAAAAAAGAAGGAUAUUAAGGAAGGUGCUGUACUUAACCUUCUGAAUUACACUUCUGAUAAUUCUGCUAGUCAGAUGUUUAUUUACAGCACUCAGAAUUGUGGCAUUCAUCUCUGGGAUAUGCGAUCAAAUUCAAGUGCAUGGACACUGAAAGCAAUCCCUGAGGAAGGCUAUGUCUCUUCGUUGGUAACAGGCCCUUGUGGGAAUUGGCUUGUCUCAGGGUCUUCUAGGGGUGUGCUUACUCUUUGGGAUCUGAGAUUCCUUGUACCAGUGAACUCAUGGCAGUAUUCUGUUGCAUGCCCUAUAGAGAAGAUGUGUCUAUUUCUUCCUCCUUCAAAUGUUGCUGUUUCUAGCACCGCAAGGCCUCUUAUUUAUGUUGCUGCUGGCUGCAAUGAAGUUUCACUCUGGAAUGCAGAGAAUGGAAGCUGCCACCAGGUAUUGAGGAUAGCAAAUUAUGAUGAUGGUGAAAUGUCUGAUUUGCCAUGGGCCUUGGCGAGGCCAUCCAAUAGGACGAACUCUAAGUCAGAUUUUAGGCAGAAUGCCAUCCCCAAGUACAAAGUUGACGAGCUGAACGAACCCCCUUCCCGUCUUCCAGGUAUUCGUUCAUUACUUCCUUUACCUGGUGGCGAUUUGUUAACAGGGGGCACUGACCUAAGGAUUCGCCGAUGGGACCAUUGCAGUCCUCAUCGAAGUUACUGUAUCUGUGGCCCAAAUGUGAAGGGAGUAGGAAAUGAUGAUUUCUAUGAAACAAGAUCUAACUUAGGUGUGCCAGUUUUGCAGGAGACAAAGAGACGACCAUUGACAACCAAGUUGACAGCAAAAGCAGUUCUUGCUGCUGCUGCUACUGAUUCUGCUGGCUGUCAUCAUGAUUCUAUCCUUUCUUUGGCUUCUGUCAAGUUGAACCAGAGACUGUUGAUUUCAAGCAGUAGAGAUGGAGCUAUUAAGGUUUGGAAGUAAAUGACUUAAAGCAUAUGAGUGCUUUCUUGUACAUAUUUAGUGCAAUUGUAGAUGAAAUUGUACAUAUUACGUUCAGACUUAAGCUACUUAGAUUCUAUAUUGCAACAGCUAGCACAUAAUUUUUCUCUGAAUUAUACCCCUACUCCUUCUAUACAGUACCUGAGCGCGCAUAGGCUUUUUUUAUGAUAGGGAUUUGGGAAUAGAACCAGAUAGAUAGGAGGAAUUUCUAUUAUUAAACAAGAUGUCUUACCUAUCAAUGCGAAUGACUUGAUAUUUCUAUUAGAA